CUAUUGUCUUGUCAGUAAGACAUUCGAUUGUCUGACAAACAUCGACACACAGCAUCAUGAUGUACAUGGCCAUCAGUGUUUACUGGAUCUCUGCUCUCCUGACUGCAAGUGUCGCUGACCAGAUGACAGCACGUCUGGUUGACGGGACUUCACAGGCAGGACGUCUGGAGAUAUUUUUCAAAGGAGAAUGGAGCACAGUGUGUAACAAUCAGUUUGGAAAAAAAGAGGCUGAGGUAGCUUGCGAGAUGCUAGGAUUCAAGAGAAGUGGAGCAGGAGCUUUCAGCUCCCGAAGAUAUGGACAAGGUUCAGGUCGCAUUAUACUUAGUAGCGUGAUGUGUAAGGGAACAGAAACCAGUCUGGAACAAUGUUUCCAUGACCCCCUGUACACCGGCUACUGUGAUCACUCGGACGACGUUGGCGUCGCCUGUAACAUCACUCAACAGUUAAGAGCUCGUGUGGUCGGUGGCACAGCGGUGGCGGGACGUCUGGAAAUCUUUUACGAUGGAGAAUGGAGCACAGUGUGUGAUGAUGAGUUCGGUGAGGAAGAGGCUUUGGUAGCCUGCAGAAUGUUAGGAUUCAACAGCACAACAGCAGUAGCCGUGGGGUCAGACAAGUACGGAGAAGGUUCAGGUUCGAUUCUGUUUGAUGACCUGCAGUGUGUGGGUAGCGAAACCAGCCUGGUGCUGUGUGAGCACUCAUGGUUCUACAGAUAUGACUGUGAUCACUCAGAGGAUGUCGGCGUCAUGUGCAACAUGAAUCCGCUAAUCGCAAGGCUGGUAAAUGGAACUUCUGAGGCAGGACGUUUGGAGUUGUUUUUUAAUGAUGAAUGGGGCACAGUGUGUGACAAAGGAUUUGAACCAAAAGCUGCUCAGGUUGCCUGCAGGAUGCUAGGAUUCAACAGCCUUACAACAACAGCAACAGCAGUAAACUCCUCACAGUACGGACAAGGGUCAGGUGACAUUCUUCUCUCUAAUUUGAAAUGUCUUGGAAUGGAAACCAGUUUAGAUCAGUGCAGACAUCCAGGUUUCUAUGAGAAUAACUGCGAUCACUCACGAGAUGUUGGUCUCAUCUGCCACAUCAGACCGAUAAUCGCAAGGCUGGUAAAUGGAACUUCUAAUGCUGGGCGUCUGGAGUUAUCCAUUAAUGGUAAAUGGGGCACAGUGUGUGACAAAGGAUUUGAACCAAAAGUUGCUCAAGUUGCCUGCAGGAUGAUAGGAUUUAACAGCACUGAAAAAACUGCGGCAGCUGUAAAAUCCUCCAAAUAUGGGCAAGGAUCAGGGGACAUUGUUAUUUCUGACUUGAGCUGCAAUGGAACCGAAACCAGCUUAGAGCAUUGCAGCCAUCCAGUCUCUUAUAAUAACCACUGCAGCCACUCACAAGAUGUCGGCAUCAUCUGCAACAUCAAGCCGAUGAUCGGAAGGCUGGUUAAUGGAACUUCUGAGGCUGGACGUCUGGAGCUUUUCUUUAACGGUGAAUGGGGCACAGUGUGUGACAACGGAUUUGAACCAAAAGAUGCGCAGGUUGCCUGCAGGAUGCUAGGAUUCAACAGCACUAAAAAAACUGCGAUAGUUGUAAACUCUUCCAAAUAUGGACAAGGAUCAGGCAGCAUUCUUCUCUCUGACUUGAGCUGUCAUGGAUCGGAAACCAGCUUAGAGCAGUGCAGCCAUCCAGGUUUUUAUAACAACCGCUGCGGUCACUCGCGAGAUGUCGGCAUCAUCUGCAACAUCAAUCCAAUAAUCGCAAGGCUGGUAAAUGGAACUUCUGAGGCAGGACGUCUGGAGUUGUUCCUUAAGGGUGAAUGGGGCACAGUGUGUGACCAAGGAUUUGAAGCAAAAGCUGCUCAAGUUGCCUGCAGGAUGCUAGGAUUCAACAGCACUACAGCAAUAGCAAUAGUUGUGAACUCAUCGACAUACGGACAAGGAGCAGGCGACAUUCUUCUCUCUAAUUUAAAAUGUCAUGGAAUGGAAGCCAGCUUAGAUCAGUGCAGCCAUCCAGGUUUUUAUCACAACCUCUGCAAUCAUUCACAAGAUGUCGGCAUCAUCUGCAACGUCAGUCCUCGUUUAACAGGACCUGGCCGUACAAGUACCAACAUGGGGCGUGUAGAAGUGAAGAUCGGAAGAGAGACGUUUACAUUGUGUGUUAACGACGAGAAAACCGUUGAAGUUAUCUGCAGACAACUCAGUCUACCUUCAAAUUACCUAGCACUCACAGACGGUUGGUUAUUCGGAGGGAAGAAGAAACCUUUCUUUAAAGCGACCCAUGUUUGUUACGGAGGAGAGAAGAGUCUUUCUGAAUGUGGCUGGAAUAAAAUUACCAAUGACUGCAACUCCAAGGACGCUGGAGUAUAUUGCAGUAAUGGUAAUAACCCUUUUAUAGUGUCUGGAGCCGAAAGAUAUCCACUUAUAGAAGGAGCAAACAGAGAUUUAAGGUGUGUGGCACCAGGAAAGUUUCGGAGGGUCAUUGAGUUCACAUGGCCACACACAGCUGGCGGUCGUCCUGAUGGAGAUCUCCUGACCUUUGACAAUCUGACGAGAGAGUUCAAUGGACGUGAUGUGUCAUGCCGUGCCAAGUAUAAACUUUCUGAGUAUGAUAUGUACAUAGAGAGUGACUCUCAGGUGCUGAAGGUUUACUAUAAGCCGUUGAUUACAAUAACAUGGACUAAUAACACCGGGGAACAACAGCCUUUGUCAAGUCUUUCUGAGUUAAACCCUGGACACAACGUGACCCUGUGGUGUAAAGCUGACAGCAACCCUCGCCCCGCGUCCAUCACGUGGUCAGGAAGAGUGAACAGCACGACUGGGGAGUUACGGAUCCUAGCGGCAGACCACGUGACACACAGCGGUGUGUACACCUGUACCGUCGUCACUGAAACCGUUGAUGAUGACGACAGACUUCCGCUGACCUCAUCUUACCAGCUCACUCUCGGUGUUCAAGGUUGA